AUGGCGGGUGGUCGAGAGAGAGCUGUGGCAGAAAGAAGCCUCGUUUGUUUGUUACAAGCUGUGGAAGGUCAUAGGACCAUUGUGGAAUUACGAAACGAGUCAUCGGCUGAAGGACUGAUUGAAAAUGUUGAUGGUUUUAUGAAUGUCAGAAUGUCAGAUGUCAAGUUUACUAAAGGAAACGGUGGUGAUGUAGUGGACUUUCCGACUAUGUUUAUUCAUGGAAGACAGAUUCGAUAUGUUCAGAUACCUGAUUACAUCGAUAUGAGGAAAGCCAUCGAAGAACAGUUGGCCAAAAUAGGAAGGACGAGGAAACCUCCCCCCAGAAGAAUGAAAAAGGCGAGAGGAAAAACGUGA